AAAGAAAAUGGCAAAACAAAAAAAGGAAUGGGAUGUGGGAAUCGACCUUGGCACAACAUAUUCAUGUGUUGCUGUGUGGCUUGAAGAACACUCUCGAGUGGAGAUAAUACACAAUGACCAAGGCAAUAGAAUUACGCCUUCUUGUGUGGCUUUCACAGAGAAUCAAAGAUUGAUUGGUGAUGCUGCCAAGAAUCAGGCUGCUAUAAAUCCAACCAACACUCUCUUUGAUGUGAAAAGGUUAAUCGGGAGAAGAUAUAGUGAUCCCAUUAUUCAGGACGAUCUAAAGUUGUGGCCAUUUAAGGUCAAUGCAGAUUCUGAUGAAAAACCCAUGAUGAUUGUUUCAUACAAGGGUCAAGAGAAAAAAAUUUCAGCUGAAGAAAUCUCAUCUAUGGUCCUUACAAAGAUGAGGGAUAUUGCAGAAGCGAACUUGAAAUCAGAGGUUAAGAAUGUCGUGGUUACCGUGCCUGCUUAUUUUAAUGAUUCUCAGCGACAAGCAACAAAAGAUGCUGGUACCAUUGCUGGCCUCAAUGUUAUGCGGAUAAUCAAUGAACCCACGGCUGCUGCUCUGGCAUAUUGCCUUGACAAGAGAGCUAAUUGUGUCGGAGAGCGAAAUAUUUUAAUUUUUGAUUUUGGUGGUGGAACAUUUGAUGUGUCUCUGCUAACAAUCAAAGGUGAUGUCUUUGAAGUGAAGGCCACUGCUGGUGACACACACCUUGGAGGAGAGGACAUGGAUAACAGAAUGGUGAAGUACUUUGUUAAGGAGAUCAAGAGGAAGCAGAAAGUGGACAUAAGUGGGAACCCUAGAGCUUUGAGGAGGUUGAGAACUGCUUGUGAGAGAGCAAAAAGGACACUAUCAUCUGCUGUUGAUACCACCAUUGAGAUAGAUGCUUUAUCUGGGAGCAUUGACUUCUGCUCAUCAAUCACUCGUGCAAGAUUUGAGGAACUUAACUUAGACCUCUUUCAAAGGUGUAUGGAGACAGUGGAAAGGUGUCUUGUUGAUUCUAAGAUGGACAAGAGUGAUGUAGACGAUGUUGUACUGGUUGGUGGUUCUUCUAGGAUUCCAAAAGUACAGCAGCUAUUGCAAGACUACUUCAAGGGGAAAGAACUGUGCACGAGCAUCAACCCUGACGAGGUUGUUGCCUAUGGAGCAGCUCUACAGGCUGCUUUGCUGACUAAAGGCAACAAAUUUGUCCCCAACUUAGUGCUAUUAGAUGUUACGCCGUUGUCACUCGGUAUACUUUUAAAAGGAGAUCUCAUGGAUGUCGUGAUUCCUAGGAACACCACCAUUCCUGUUGUAAAAAAAAAAGGAUAUGUAAGAAUCGAAGAUUUCCAAUCUGCUGUGUCUAUUCAGGUUUACGAGGGUGAAAGGACAAGAGCAAGCGAUAACAAUUUGCUUGGUUUCUUUCAUCUUUAUGGCAAUCCUAAUGCUCCUCGAGGCCAUCCUUUAACCGUUAGUUUCAGUAUAGAUGCCGAUGGAAUCCUAACUGUAAUUGCUGAGGAAGAAAGCAGUGGAAGUAAGAAUUGGAUUACCGUAACCAACGACAAGGGAAAACUAUCAACUCAAGAAAUUAUGAGAAUGAUUCAAGAAGCCGAGAAGUACAAGGCUGAAGACCAGAAAUACGAAAAGAAAGUUAUGGCAAUUAAUGCUUUGGAUGACUUUGUUUACAAGAUAAGGAAUGCUAUAGAUGAUGUAGAUAAUCCACAAAAGAAAACGAAGAUCAACAAGGCAAUUGCAGAGACCGAGAAAUUGCUUGAUGCUAGGGAGCAGACAGAAACAGAGGUUUUUGUGGAUCAUCUGCACAGGAUGAAGAGCCUCAUUGAAUCCAUCAUGAAGAUUAAGUUUUAA